CGGUGUGAUCGUCUCGUGAAUCUCGUCUCGUCUCGUCUCCGCUUCUCGUUUAAUUUCGAAUCCCAAUUUCCAAGCGAUCCAUCGCCUCCACCGAUCGAGGCCGCCGCCGCCGUAGCUUCUCGAUCGCUGGGGAGUCCGAGCUCCAGCACCUCGAGGGGCGGCGGCCACCACCGGAAGUGCCGCGUCGCCAGUCGCCGCGGCCUUCCCCUCGGCUCUCUAGCCCCUCCCGUCGCCGCCUGCCGCCGCCGCGGGCGCUCUCGCCUCAUCGCUGGGAGGUAGAUCGCUCAUCGUUUUGUUCGUAAUGCUGCAAUGGAUGGGGGGUUCGCGGAGGAAGGUGUAUGCUUCCAGGAAAUCAACGCAGAGCAGGCAGAGGCAAUACUUUGAACAAAAGAAAAGGCAACAGCAGAGGCCAGGAGUGCAGAGCCAGGUUGAUGUAGCAGGCACAGGUGGUCAAGCUUAUGAUGAUCAGGCGCCUCGAUCACUUGAUGUUCUAAACCUGAAUAAUCUGGCUACUCCAAAUAGACAUAACAGUCGCCCUGAAAAUGUAGGUAUAGUAGUUCCACCACUGGAUUGCACUCCUUUAAAUGCUUCUCCUAUAGAGACACUAAAGAAUGUCACUUCUUUAUGCAGCAAUUUGAAGGAAGCAAGUUCUCAGCCAAGAUUUUCAUCACCCUCUGAUCAUCAAGAUGGUGCAGCUUCUGCCAACCCAUAUGAGGAACCGAUUGGUUGCAAAAUGACCCCACCAAGAAACAGCAGUGUCAAGAAGCAAAAUUCAAAUGGGGAACUCAACAGAGAAAUCUCACUUUUUGAUUUGGUCAGUGAUGAGGGACCAGAUAAUAUAUCUACUGCACGCCCUGCCCAUGAAGCUCAUGUUUCGUUUUCUGUUAAAGGCGUUGGUCAUGUCAAGAUGGAAACACCUCCUCAAUCACCAAGAUCCAUCAAAAGGACUUUACCUUUGCCUCCAAAAGUCAUGCGGUACACACAGAACAAAGCUAGAAGGUCUAUCCCCUUUGAUGCCACAAAGGAAUUGGAUUCUAUAAUAAACAAUAUCGACGUACUGAAAGAGCGAAGAUUUUCAGAAAAAAGGACUUGUUCUUUAGGUGAAUCAGGCUACGAAAGAAGCAAACAAUCUAACUGUUAUUUUCCACAUUCAUUUGAGAACCACAAUGAUAAAUUCUUUCCCGAGGAUGAAGACAUGUUUUGUGAACCACGAGCUCAAAAAGGUUGGCGAUCAAAGCAUGGUAGGUUGGAUGACAAUUUAGUUGAUGAAAAUUCUGAGAGAUUGUGGAAGAUGGAAUCAUUUAACUCAGAUGAUCGUUUUCCUACUCCAAGAGUGGAACAAUUUGAUACACUUGACUACGGUUUUAAAGACAGAACUUCAAAAAGAACUAACACAAGAUUUGAGACAUCAGGAAUUGCGGCAACACAUGACCUCUUUUCUGAUCAUUCAUUGAUGGACAAUGCCAAUGAUACAGUGCUUUUUGACUGGGAAAGGCACCCACCAAUUAAGAAAAUAUCCAACUCGAAGAGUACAUUUGGUCCUUCUGCUUGGUCUUUCGACAUGGUAGAUGAUUCAGAGAGAAGGAGAAGUCCACUGAGCGAAGAAUCAUGCUCAUCAGCUGCAGUAAAGAAGGAUGGAUCCUGCAAGAAACCAUCACUGUCGGUACAAUGCGAAGAGAAUAAAAUGAAUGAGAAGGAUGGCUUUCAUAUAAGAUUUGAUAAGUUGGAUGUUCCAAAAAUGGAUGCACAUCUUGAUGGAAUUUCACUAUUCGACGAUCUGGAAGAACCCCAUAAAAUAUCAGAUGAUCAGAAUAAUCUCGAAACUUCAUAUUGGUCAGACAAGGCUACAGAGAAACAGAGAACUCGAGAACCAAGUUGUCGGGUAUCACUUAAGGAGAAGUUUUCCAACUGGGGUUCUACUUCUCCUACUGCCCAUCUGAAGGGCAGAAUUGGAUUAAAUAACCCAUCGACUUGCACUGUGUUGCAUGAGGAUAAGCCUUUCAAUUCUGUAUCAAAUAUGAGCACGUAUCAAACUGUGGGGUCAAGUUCACCUGAAAGGAGGCCAGCUUCAAAAGUUCCUCCUGUCUUUCACAGACCUGACAAUGCCAUUUUUGAUGAUGACAUUAACCCACAGAGUUCUGUUUCAGAUAUAUUUGGCAAUAGAAUUGAAUUUUCAAAACCAAUCUGUUCUAUGGGUCUUCAGAGUGACAUUGAUAUGAGUACUUUCUUGGCAGAGAAGAUAGACAAAAGGAAAGAAGAUAAUUUUGAUAGCUCCAAGAACCAAAAUGCAGACAUAUUUCUUGCAAAUAACUCUGUGAGUUCUGUUAGCCAAAAUGUAGUUGGUCAACACGGGUCAUAUCCUCAGCAGCCUGGCAAGGAUUUAUUAAGACAAGGAUUCAGUCCUGGUAUUGAUUUUCAGGAUUCCAGACUAAAUUCAUUUUGGGAGGAUGGCCAUGCUGAUAAUGGUACUUUUCAAGGAGAUGCUGAACCGAGUGAUCUGUUAACAACAAAAAAUGGUGAUAAGAAUGAACGCAAAAUCGAGAAGCUCUUGAAGCCGGAAAUAAAAAUAUUGACAGAAGCACCUCAAGCUUAUGCAGAUUUCAGGAAUGAUAUAAGAGAAGCUGAAACCUUCUCUGAUGGAUCAGACGUGACUAAUCCUCCUGGAGUACAGAAGCAGACAUCAUUAGCAGCACAGGUUCCUGCAAACUUGGGUUGUCUUCAGGAAAUUUCAAGAGAAAUGCCCCAAGUUCAUGCUCAUGUUGAAUGUGUAAAAAAGGAAAAGAUAGAGAAUCCUUCUGUUGAUUUCAAUACUCCAUUGCGUUUGAGAAACAAGAUUCCUGAUAUUGAUCAUUCCAAAAGCAAUUUUGUGUUCCAUUCACCUUUUGUUGGAGAGGAGGUGGGGGUUGAGAAGAAGAUGAUAGCAAGUGUGUCACCGAACAACAGUGAUGUUCAGUAUAAAGUUAUGCUUGAACAUCGUGUUCUCCGACGGCUUUGUGUUCAGAAGAUAGUGGUUGAUACACCAGUCAAGAACAAGCUAGAUAAGGAUAAUCAUUUCAAGAUGAUGAAGGAUGGGUAUCAUGUCCUACCAAGAAGUGUUUAAACAGGUAAACAACAGGAAUACAACAUGCCUUAUAAGAUCUUGUAUUGAGGUGAGAAAUUACUCGAGUGGUUAGAUGUGUGAUUCAUUGUGUCAGAGUUGAAAUGAUGAAGUAUGUAAAGCAUUCGUCUGCUUCUAUCUGUGACCUGAGUGAUUAUUUAGGACCAAAAUGAUUCCAGGGUUUUUAUCUGCAAUAAUUUGGCACCGCUGAAAGUAAAUGAGAUAAAUGAGCAGAUACUAGCUGCGU